UCCCUGGUGCUGACCCCCCCCCCCUGCGCUCCCCUCCGGCUGCAGCACUCGAUUGGUCCGGCCUGGUUGCCCUGGUAACGGGAGACGCGCAAUGGCGGCCGCCGGGAACAAACGCGUUAUAACAGGACGGGGGCCCACAGAUCCACACGAUACAGUACCGAGGCGCCCCGUACCCUGGGCAUCACCCUAUGGGAAGCCAAGCCCCGCCCACAGAGCCGCCUGGAACAUGGAGACUGGGCCCCGGGCAAGACCCCCCGUUCCUUCCUGCGCCCCCGGUGCCAGCGACCCGGCCCUCCCUAUGCGCCCAACGGAUGAUCGGCGAGGAAAAACGACUUCGACAAACCCCCGACCCGAUCCAAAGUGCGUUAGAUUCUGUAAGGCAAAGAGAGACGUUGGGAGCAGAACAGCAGCAGAACCGGCCCAGCCCAAGGUUCCGAGAGAGCACAGACUGCUGGGCCCACUCAUACCCGUACGGGUAGAAAAAGCCAGGCUGAAGAUUAUGGACCCAGAGAGAGUGAGGAGUUUACGCUGUGCCGGACUGGCCGCCCCGGGGACAGGGGAGGGUCCCGAUAUCCCGAGAAUGAAAACAAACAGACAGUCGACUCCGAAUCCCAAACAGCUCGACCCUCUGAAAAGGUCAACUAAGCAGUCAGGCUCCGCCCCUGUGUUGAGUCGGAGAAAAACUGCCCCCGUUAUAAGUCAUAAGAGAGAAACGGAGAAGAAGGACCCCGACCAUCCCAAGGAGGACAAGGAACGUCUACUCUUGGCCCAGCAGGUGGAACAUAUGGGUCGAAGGGAGGAGAACAGCACACUCCAAGUCCAAAGGCACCGUUCGGCAAUGACUGACCCGGCUGAACCCAAACGGAAUGCAGAAGAACGUUGCUCUACAGACCCUGGGAGAAGUUGGCUUGAGAAUACGACCAGCAGAUCUUCUUUAUUAAGAAUGGAGGAGACAAGAGACAACAGUCAUCACUGCUACGUUCAGACAAAGGUCUCAAGGCGAUACACUACGGAUUGUUCUCCAUUGAGGCAGGACAAAAGGCUACAAAGUGUAGGCCGUAGACAAGUACAGCUUUCAGAAGAUGUCCAAGGCCGGAAAACUGUAGAUCAUACCCAAGUGGAGGUGUCAGGGCAGGCAAAUAGGCAUGGAAGUGUAGACUGUAGCCAAGUGCAAUGUUCAGAACAGGCUGAAGGCCAAGGUACUGUAGACUGUAACCAAGUACAACAUUUAGACCAGGCUGAAGGCCAAGGAACUGUAGACUGUACCCAAGUACAACGUUCAGACCCGGCUGAAGGCCAAGAAACUGUAGAUUGUACCCAAGUACAACGUUCAGACCCGGCUGAAGGCCAACGAACUGUAGAUUGUACCCAAGUACAACGUUCAUUCCAGGCUGAAGGCCAAGGAACUGUAGACGGUGCCCAAGUACAACGUUCAGACCAGGCUGAAGGCCAAGGAAGUGUAGACUGCACCCAAGUACAAUGUUCAGGACAGGCUGAAGGCCAAGGAACUGUAGACUGUACUAAAGUAGAACAUUCAGACCAGGCUGAAGGCCAAGGAACUGUAGACUGUACUGAAGUAGAACAUUCAGACCAGACUGAAGGCCAAAGAACUGUAGACUGUACUGAAGUAGAACAUUCAGACCAGGCUGAAGGCCAAGGAACUGUAGACUGUACCCAAGUGCAACGUUCAGACCAGGCUGAAGGCCAAGGAACUGUAGAUUGUGCCCAAGUGCAAUGUUCAGACCAGGCUGAAGGCCAAGGAACUGUAGACUGUGCCCAAGUACAACGUUCAGACAAGGCUGAAGGCCAAGGAACUGUAGACUGUACCCAAGUGCAACGUUCAGACCAGGCUGAAGGCCAAGGAACUGUAGACUGUGCCCAAGUGCAAUGUUCAGACCAGGCUGAAGGCCAAGGAACUGUAGAUUGUGCCCAAGUGCAACGUUCAGACCAGGCUGAAGGCCAAGGAAGUGUAGACUGUACCCAAGUGCAACGUUCAGACCAGACUGAAGGCCAAGGAACUGUAGACUGUGCCCAAGUACAACGUUCAUUCCAGGCUGAAGGCCAAGGAACUGUAGACUGUACCCAAGUACAACGUUCAGACCCGGCUGAAGGCCAAGGAACUGUAGACUGUGCCCAAGUACAACGUUCAGACCAGGCUGAAGGCCAAGGAACUGUAGAAGGUAACCCAAUACAUCUCUUGGGACAGGCUGAAGGCCAGGAAGUUGUAGAUCACACAGUAAAUCCCUCAUUUAGGAGUGGCCAACCUAAGACUAAACUUGCAUUAAAGCUCAGUAGCGACUCUUCUGACUCAGGCCUAGGCUCCGGCAGUAGCUCACUGGAGGGUUUAAUAGAAACCCCUAAAGGACCUUCCGUUUGUUCUGCAGAGAACCGGCCAAUAAAGGACAAUAUUAUAAGGCGGAGUCAGGGGAUAUUAGUAUUAACUAACAGCACUGACGAGGACGCCAUCUUUAUUCCCAAAUUAGAGUUUGCCUUCACCCCCGACAGCAGCGUUGACUGCAGCGUAUUACCCCAGGCUAAAUGGGGCCAGACUAAGUGCAGGGAAUCCCGGGGUACAUAUAAGGGUAUAUAUACCCCCCGGGGCCCUUCCCUUAGCAAGAGCGUAAUGGGCAAAUCCUUGCUCAUAGGGGGCAGAUCUGAGAACUACCCCAGCGGCACCAACAACAGGCAUUUGGCUACAACGGACAUUGUAGACCUCUCGCUCUCAUUUCGGGACAAAUUCCUAAAAGAGAUCGCCCCGUCGGACAUUCCAAAAAUACUUCUAACCGACGAGGAGAAUGAUGAUGUCUAGGGGACGGGGGGGGGGGGGGUCAAUGGAGAACUGCAACUCCCAGCACCCUUUGUUCAUAUUUUUUUGAACCAAUAAAUCCAUAGA